AUGAGUGACAGCAGUGACAGUGAAUCGUCGUCCACUCCACCUAAAAAAGUACCUAAAAAGGGAGGAAGGACUGCAAAAAAAAAAGUUCAAGAAAUUGAACUUAAGCGCACAAAAGUUACAGCUGUAGUAAAAAAUGCAAUUGGCGAGGGUCAUAAAGCAGACUUAGCGAAGAAAUUGACGACCAACAAGUUUUCUGCGCUUACUGAUGAAACUACUGACGUAUCAACAAUUAAGACAGCUUGUGUGGUUGUUCGCUAUUUUGACAAUGAUGCUCAAAAAAUCUGCAGCGUGUUCUGGGAACUGUAUAAGAUUUUUAAAGAGACGGGCACAGAUGACGUUCCUACAGCGAACGCUGAAAAUAUAUACAAAGCGCUGAUGGAUUCAUUUAAUAUCCGUAACAUCCCACUAACAAAUAUGAUUGGUUUUGGAUCUGAUGGAUGCAAUGUUAUGAUGGGCGACAGAGAUUCAGUCAAAACUGGUUUAUUGCGAGAUUUACCAGGGUAA